CUCAGCUGUGCCCCUUCCCGUAGCAAGCGCAGAUCUCUCCUGAACGAGCUGCCCUUUCGCGUGCUUACUGCUGACAAUGAAUGGCCACCACGACGCCCUCUCUGACGACGCCCAAUCGCUGUCAAGCGCCUACACUGUGGCUGCUGCCGACGUCAUGCAGCAGCUGCAGAGCCUCCAGAGGUCACAAGAGGCACUCGCCGCCCAGCACACGAGACAAAUGGAGCAGACAGAGGCAAGACACCAGGCUGCUAUAGAGAAGCUGGAGAGCCGCAUCCGGGGACUGGAGGCACUCGCAGGCAUCGCUGUUGGCAGCAUGUCCUUUGAGGGUGGCGUCUAUGACGGACAGCUGAUGGGUAGGAAGCCCCACGGCAGCGGCAUUCUGCGCGCACAGCAUGGCCGUGUCAUCUACACCGGUGACUGGCGGCACGGCAAGCGGCACGGCCGCGGGAAAUCGACAAACGGCCGUAUGGUGUAUGAGGGUCAAUGGGCGGAUGGCGAGAUGAAAGGCAAGGGCCACAUUACCAACCUGACGCUCAAGGACGCCCAAGGACAGCAUUUGGGCCUCUUCACUGGACCCACACUCGACGCCAAGCCGCACGGCGAGGGGGAUAUGCGAGACGACCUCGAUCAGGUCAUCUACAAGGGCGAGUGGAUUGAUGGAGUGAAGAAAGGAGCUGGUGAAGCGACGGGCAUGCCAUGGGAGGAGGGCUGCAAAUAUUACGGGGGAACCUUCCAUGGGCAGCCAGACGGCGAGGGCGAGCUGAGAGACGGCGACGACCAACCCAUCUACAAGGGCGAAUGGAAGAACGGCAAGCGACACGGCCAGGGGAAGGCAUACUACCGCGACCGCCGUACUCAAGGAUGGAGGAGGAAAAGGUGGCGGCCUGUGUUGUGGUUCGAUGGCGAAUGGAGGAAGGGGAAGGUGUACCGAGGCAUCCUCUUUCCUAACGGCGGCUGGGUAGACCCUUCCGAGGAAACGGUAUGGCCCGACCCCAGACACUGCUCACUUCCCAUAUCAUGGCAGGCGGGGCAGGAGAUACCUCAUGCCUAUCUGCCGGGGAUAGGAUACCUGUCCCAGUGGCUGGCGAAUCAAGAUGUAUCAGUGUAUCUGCCUGAUAGACUAAGGCCACUGGCAUACUAGUCUGUCUGUUUUAUCGAGCUCACCGGCUAUGUCAUCGGUUUAUCAACCUGUCGGUGUGCCUGCUUUGUUGAUGCCGUGUGGCCUCUCGCGACUAUGUGGAUGGACCUAUCGCAUCGUAUGACCUGGACAUUGUGUGCGCUGUUUCAAC